CUCGCGCGCCCGCCGGCCCGCCCGCCGCCCACCCAGCCCUUCCGCUCCCGCGUUUCGCGCCUGGGUGCGGGGCGCGGCCUCCGGAGACGCCGCCGCUGCCGCCGCGGGAGGGACCCGGUCUAUGGUGGAGCGGUGCCGCACGGCCUAGGACGGACGCCACCUUCCCCGGCGGGAUGGACGGGACUGCGGCCGCCACAGCCAGCGUGGGCCGCCAAGCCGUGCGGUGCGGCGCCCGCGGCGGAAGCCGUCGCUCCCGGGGCCCCCUCUGCCGGCGCGGGGAUCGGCCCGCGGUACCGACUCGGUGGCUGGGCAAGGCCGAGGCUGUGUAGGCCUCGGGUUCCGCCCGCCCUGACGCCGUCCAGCUCCGCGCUUGUGGCCCGAGAAACCUGCCGAGGAGAAGAGAUGGAGCUGGGGACGCCGCACGGGCCUCGGAAGCGGCCGGCCCCCCGGCUGGGCUCCUGGUUCCGGCUGCCCUUCCUCCUUCGGCGAGGGCACGCCCGCCCUUCCGAGUUCCCGACGCCUCCCUCUCGGGAGAACUCCGGGGACCCCGCGCCGCCGGCCUCCGCCCGGCCCGAGCCUCGCACCAGGUACUGGACCAGAUUGCUUUCCCAGCUCUUUGCCCUGCUGCCUUGCUUGCUCCAGAAGCUGUUUAUUUGGAGCCAGCUCUUCGGGGGCAUGAUCCCCACCCGAUGGCUAGAUUUCGUAGCAGGUUACAGCGCCCUGAGAGCCUGGCGAGGACGGGAGGAGCCCGCCACUCCCGCGGGGCAGAAAUCUUUGAGUUCACUGCGGCUGGACUCUUCGGAAGACUUGGUCGUCAGCCCCCUUGAUUGGCUAGAAGAGGGACUCCAAUGGCAGUACUCGUCCUCCGACGUGGAGGAGAAAUUUAAAGCCCCGGAGAGAGCUGUGGACUCCGCAGCGCACGCUUUUCUCCUCGAGCAGCCGCUGUGGGGAGUGGAGUUGCUGCACCGGGGUCUUCCAGCCGGCCUGGUCUCCCACCGAGAACUUGGCUCUGUACCCUCCGGGCCCCGCCACGCUCAGAGCGUAGGUGGUGGUUUCAAGGUGGUGUCCUAUCUCCUGAACCCUUCCUUUCUGGACUGCCUGUCCCAGCUAGAGCUGCGCCCGCAGGGCGGCGUGGGCGCCGGCCAGCUCGUGGAUCUCCGAACACUACCCCCAGAGAGCUGUUGCCUCUUUGAAGAUGCUUGUCACCCCCAGCCGCUGCGUGCCGAGAUCUCGGCCACCGCGUGGCAGAGGUGCCCCCCUCUUUCUACAGAAGGCCUGCCGGAAAUCCACCACCUCCGUAUGAAACGGCUAGAAUUCCUUCAGGCUAACCACAAGGGGCCAGAGUUACCCACCCCUGACCAAGAUAAUGGCUACCACAGCCUGGAGGAGGAGCAUAACCUUCUCCGAAUGGACCCACCACACUGUACAGAUAACCCAGCACACGCGGCGUCCACUCCCGGAGCCAGCCCGGAGCCCACUGAGAAAAAGAUAGACUUGUUGAUGCAAGAAGUUUCACAGAGCUCCCAGGGAAGCAGUCCGACUUGCGAGUUGCCUGUGGAAAAAGAAGGGGAAGGGGGCCACACCAGUGUAGUCGGCUGCUCAGACAUAGAGGAUGGUCUGCCUGUGUCUGCCAGACCAGUUUGUAGUAACAAACUGAUCGAUUAUAUUUUGGGAGGUGCCUCCAGUGACUUGGAAAGCAGCUCCGACUCGGAAAGUGAGGGUUGGGACGAGGAACCCGAGGAUGAUGGUUUUGAUAGUGAUGGCUCUCUGUCCGACUCAGAGGAGGGACAGGACUCUGACGGGCUUCACCUUUGGAACUCCUUCUGCAGUGUAGAUCCUUACAACCCCCAGAACUUUACCGCCACAGUUGAGACUGCUACCAGACCUGUGCCUGCAGAGCCGUGUGGUUCUGGGAAGUCCUUGUCUGGCAACUCGGAUGGAGGAAGUGCCUGGGCUGGGCACCUUCCUGAGACCCCCGAGCAUAGUUCUGGGGAGGAAGAGGACUGGGAAUCCAGUGCAGAUGAGGCGGAGAAUCUUAGGUUGUGGAACUCUUUCUGCAAUUCUGAGGACCCCUACAACCUUCUAAAUUUUAAGGCUCCUUUUCAAACAUCAGGGAAAAACUGUCAAGGCUGUCAGGACUCAAAAGCAUCUCCUCAGGCCAUGGCGUCCUUUUCUGGGUGUCAUAACUUACUUUCUUGUAAGGUACAACUGUUAGAAAGCCAAGAAGAUAAUUGUCCAGACAAUGGGCUGGGUGAGGCUCUUUCUGGAGAAAAAUACACCCAUAUCAAAAGAAAAAAGGUAACCUUCCUCGAAGAAGUUACUGAGUAUUACAUAAGUGGAGAUGAGGAUCGCAAAGGACCAUGGGAAGAAUUUGCAAGGGAUGGAUGCAGGUUCCAGAAACGGAUUCAAGAAACAGAAGAUGCCAUUGGCUACUGCUUGACAUUUGAGCACAGAGAAAGAAUGUUCAGUAGACUCCAGGAACAUGUUUCUGAAGACUUCCUAGUGUUCAACAAUGUUAGGAUGAGUGAACAGCCUGUGGCUCUGGCCCACACUUUCUCUUGCUUGAGAGGUUUCUCUUAAAAACAGAUAUUGGCAGCUGUCCUUGGACAUGUUUCUAAAGAAACAACGUGUAUCUAGUGAUGUGGUUGAAUUGUUUUUGGAUAAUGUAUCUCAUUAGAAACACCAACUCCGAUAAUGAAGGAUCUCUAAUCUUUAA